AAAGAGGAGGAGCGUUUGUUGCUGGUUGCAUAACCUAACAGAUCCAGCUGGUUUCGUCACUGCAAAAGAGUUGUCCGUUUUGUCCAAGUAAAAUCAAAGAAUUUUAGCCAUGGCCAGCGAGAUGCUGUUGCAGAAGGUUGGCCGUGGCCUUGCCAUUCAGGCUCGUGGAUUUCACGUCUCAGCAGCUGCAGGAUCUGCGAACCGCGUCAAGAAAUUCCAAAUCUACCGAUGGAACCCCGACACACCGAACGAGAAGCCUACCAUGCAAGAAUACUCAGUUGACCUCAACAAGUGCGGUCCCAUGGUCCUGGAUGCCCUGAUCAAGAUAAAAAAUGAGAUCGACCCAACGCUGACCUUCAGGAGGUCAUGCCGUGAGGGUAUCUGUGGCUCCUGCUCUAUGAACAUUGGUGGGGUCAACACCCUGGCUUGCAUUACGAAAAUUGAUGACAAUUUGUCCAAGCCAGCAAAGGUGUAUCCCCUGCCGCACAUGUAUGUGGUCAAGGACUUGGUGCCGGACAUGACUAAUUUCUACAAUCAGUACAAGUCGAUCCAGCCGUGGCUUCAACGUAAAGACGAAACACGCAAGGGAAGUCAACAGUACUUGCAGAGCGUUGAGGACAGGCAGAAACUGGAUGGACUCUAUGAGUGCAUCUUGUGCGCCUGCUGCAGCACCUCAUGUCCUUCCUACUGGUGGAACGGCAACAAGUAUUUGGGCCCUGCUGUUUUGAUGCAGGCCUACCGAUGGAUCAUUGAUUCUCGAGAUGAGACCACGGCCGACCGACUCGACCGCUUGAAGGAUCCUUUUUCAGUGUACAGGUGCCACACAAUCAUGAACUGCACUAGAACCUGUCCAAAGGGACUGAAUCCUGGCAAGGCAAUUGCUGAAAUUAAGAAGCUGUUGGCUGGCAUUAGCAAGAAAGAUGCCCCUGGCAUGGACACCACUGCCCUUCAGCGUCAAUAAUUAUUUGCUAAUGCUACUUACCUUUGUAGAUACUGGUUGUUAUUUAAUUAAUGUGGUGCAAUGAGAAUAAAUAAAAACGAACUGUCAUUCCA